AUGAGCCUAAGCACCAGCGAGAUGGAGGACCUGUGGGAGUCCUUGGGCGAGCUCAACUUCUCUGAUAGCUUUUCCAACAUUUCACACAGUGUGGACAGCACGGUAUGCCCCACAGCGUUCAACCGUCGUGCCCUGCUCCACUCUAUGUGUGUCCUCUACACCUUCAUCUUCGUGGUGGGGCUGGCGGCCAACGCUCUGGUCCUGUGGGUGAAUUUCCGUGCCCAGCGGGACUCCGCCCCUCGCCACGAGACCCACACGUACAUUGCCCACCUGGCCGUGGCCGACCUGUGCGUGUGCCUCACCCUGCCCGUGUGGGUGAGCUCGCUGGCCCAGCACGGCCACUGGCCCUUCGGCGAGGCAGCGUGCAAAGUCACUCACCUGCUGUUUUCCGUCAAUCUUUUCGGGAGCAUCUUCUUCCUGGCCUGCAUGAGCGUGGACCGCUACCUGAGCGUGACGCGCCACCGAGAAAACCAGGGUGGGGCGCGGCGCAAGUUAGCACGCCGCUCAGUGUGCAUCGGGGUCUGGUUCCUGGCUCUUGUAUCCUCCUUGCCAGACACUUACUUUGUACGUACGGUGAAGGCGUCGCACGGAGGCAGCGUGCUUUGCAGGGCUGUAUACCCCGAGGAGAACCCCACCGAGUGGAUGGUCGGCGUCCAGCUGAGUUUCAUCCUCUUGGGCUUCGUCCUCCCCUUCCCAGUCAUCGCAUUCUUCUACGCGCUACUGGCCAGAGCCUUCGCCCGCACGUCGACGCCGUCUUCCACGGUGGAGCAGGAGCGGCGCGUGAGUCGACGGGUGAUCCUGGCCUACAUCGUGGUGUUCCUGGGCUGCUGGGGGCCUUAUCAUGGCGUACUGCUGGCCGACUCGCUCUCCCAGAUGGGUGCGCUGCCUCUGACCUGCGGCCUGGAGAACUUCCUCUACGUGGCUGUCCACCUUACCCAGUGCCUGUCCUUACUGCACUGUUGCUUCAACCCCAUCCUCUACAACUUCAUUAAUCGGAACUACCGCUAUGACCUCAUGAAGGCCUUCAUCUUCAAGUACUCCACACGGACCGGUUUGGCGCGACUCAUUGAGACGUCCAACGCAUCCGAUGCAGAGUACUCGGCCGUGGCUGCAGACAAUCCACCGCAGAUAUGA